UCUUGUGGCCCCCAUACCUCCUACCGCUCGUAUCUCUGAACUCACCCGCAUCCCCUCAAGCCGCUCCACGCGCAAGAACCCUGGAGAAAUCUUGUCCGGAGCAAUGGCCGAGAGUCUCUCCUCCACGACCUUUGUGGUUUUCAUCAACGGCAAAAAGGUGGUGGACGACCAUGUGGAUCCUGAGAUGACUCUGCUCACCUACAUCAGGAACAAGUUGCUGCUCAAGGGGACCAAGCUGGGCUGUGCGGAGGGAGGCUGUGGCGCCUGCACAGUUAUGGUCUCACGAUAUGACCACGACACUCGUGAAAUUUCCCACCUUGCUGUGAACGCGUGUCUGACCCCCGUGUGCUCCGUGUACGGCUGCGCCGUCACCACCGUCGAGGGCAUCGGCAGCAGCCGCACCAAGCUGCACCAAGUGCAGGAGCGGCUGGCCAAUGCCCAUGGCUCACAAUGUGGAUUUUGCACACCUGGGAUGGUGAUGAGCAUGUACGCGUUGCUGCGUACCCAUCCCCAGCCCAACGCCAAGCAGCUGCAGGACACCUUCCAGGGGAAUCUCUGCAGAUGCACAGGAUACCGUGCUAUUAUUGAGGGAUACAAGCCAUUCAUUAAGGCCUCAGGUUGCUGUGGAAAUGCAUCUCGAGUUGGAGGCUGCUGCAAGGAAGAACAAAACUCGGCCGUGGGCUCGAACGAGGAGCCGCCCCAAGCUGAGUCUCCCGGGGCCCUGCCGCUGGACCCCACGCAGGAUCUCAUCUUCCCUGCAGAGUUGCAGCUGAGCACGGACCUCGAGCAGGGGAUGCGAGUCUUCCGGGGGGAGCGCGUCGCGUGGCACGAGCCGAGCAACCUCCACGAGCUGCUGGAGCUGCGCUCGCGAUUCCCGGACGCGCGCAUCGUCGUGGGGAACACAGAAGUCGGUGUGGAAGUGAAGUUCAAGAACAAGCACUAUCCCUGCCUGCUGGCUCCUGCUCGUGUAGCUGAACUCAACCAAGUUCUCUUCUCUGACACUGGGCUCUGGCUGGGCGCCGCGUGCACGCUGAGCCGGGUGGGGGCCGCGCUGGGCGCCGCGCUUGACAAGGGGCCCGCGGCCAGCGGCGAGACGUUCCGCGCGCUGCUCGACGUGCUGCACUCUUUCGCGGGCACCCAGAUCCGCAACGUGGCGGCAAUCGGAGGUAACAUCAUCACAGCAAGCCCCAUAUCGGACCUGAAUCCUGUGCUCAUGGCUGCUGGUGCACAGCUGUCCCUCGUCUCGCCCGCCGGAAAACGGGUAGUCCCGAUGGACGGCUCCUUCUUUACGGGAUACAGGCAGACACUGCUGCGCAGUGACGAGCUGCUGCUGGCUGUGUUCGUGCCUUACUCCCGCCCGAGAGAAUACGUGAUGGCCUUCAAGCAGGCGCAGCGACACGAGGACGACAUCGCCAUCGUGAACGCCGGCAUGCGUGUGCGCCUGCACACCGCCUCACUGCGCGUCGCCGAGCUCAGCCUGGCCUACGGGGGCAUGGCGCCCACCACGAGGGCCAUUUCACAGGCGGCCACCAAUACCUUCAUCGAUAGGCUGUGGGACGAGUCUCUGCUCACUGACGUUUGUGCCGUGCUGGUGAAGGAACUGCCGCUCUCUGCUACAGCUCCAGGAGGCAUGGUGGCUUUUCGACAAACUCUUGUUCCCAGCUUCUUCUUCAAGUUUUACUGGACCGUGCUAAGAAAGCUGCGUGAACAGGAUGAGGACAUCUCAGAGAUUCCACCAGAGCACAUAAGUGCCACUCAGCCCUACCAGCAGAAGCUGAUACAGAGCAUGCAACUCUACCAGGAGGUGCCGCUCGGCCAGCGAGCGGAGGACGCCGUGGGCCGCCCGGUGCCGCAUGUGGCCGCGGCGUUGCACACGAGCGGGGAGGCAGGGUACUGCGACGACUUGCCGCGCCUGGAGAACGAGCUCUACAUGGCCCUAGUCACCAGCUCGCGGCCGCACGCCGCCAUCACGGCGAUCGACACGAAGGAGGCGCUCGGCCUCCCAGGGGUCGAGGCGUUUAUCGGCGCUCGCGACGUGCCUGGGAUGAACCACAGUGGCAUCUUCCACGACGAGACGGUCUUCGCAGACGGCAAGGUCACGUGCAUCGGUCAUGUGAUCGGGGCUGUGGUGGCCGAUACACAGAUGCACGCCCAGCGUGCUGCUAAAGCCGUGAAGGUCACUUACGAAGACCUGCAGCCCGUCAUAAUCACCAUGCAGGACGCCAUUGCCCAGGAUUCGUUCUAUGAGCAGCAGAGACAGAUCUUGAAGGGUAACUUGGAGUCCGGCUUUGCUGAGGCAGACCACAUUGUGGAAGGAGAGAUACACAUCGGGGGGCAGGAGCAUUUCUACCUGGAAACGCAGUGCUCGCUCGUCAUUCCCAAGGGCGAGAAUGGGGAGAUCGAGAUCUUUUCUUCUUCUCAAUCGCCCACCAACACACAGCUGGAGGCGGCGGAGGUGCUGGGCGUGCCGGCGAACCGCGUCUUGUGCCGCGUGCGCCGCAUGGGCGGUGGCUUCGGCGGCAAGGAGAGCCGCGCCUGCAUGCUCUCCAACGCCGUGGCGGUGGCAGCGGUGCGGCUGGGCCGGCCCGUGCGCUGCAUGCUGGACCGCGACGAGGACAUGCUCAUCACCGGGGGCCGGCACCCAUUCCUGGGCAAGUAUAAGGUGGGGUUCAUGAACGAUGGUCGAGUGAUCGCACUGGAUGUGGUUAUGUACAGCAAUGGCGGCAACAGCCUGGAUCUGUCAGCUUCCGUGAUGGAACGCGCUCUGUUUCAAAUGGACAACGUUUACCGCAUCCCAAACAUCCGUGGCAGAGGCAUCGUUUGUCGUACGAACCUCCCGUCCAACACGGCCUUCCGUGGCUUCGGGGCCCCGCAGGGAAUGUUGAUCGCGGAGAACUGGAUCACGGACGUGGCCAUGACCCUCAAUCUGCCACCCCAUGAGGUGCGGCAAGUGAACAUGUACAAAGAUGGGGACUUGACGCACUUUAAUCAGCCCUUGACGGACUUCACGCUGGACCGCUGCUGGAAUGAGUGCCUGCAGCAAGCGAACUACACGCAGCGCUGUGUGGACGUAGAAGACUUUAACAGGCAGAACCGGUGGAGGAAGCGUGGCAUCGCAGUCAUACCGACCAAGUUCGGCAUCAGUUUUACCGCCAAGUUCUUGAACCAGGCCGGCGCGCUGGUCCACGUGUACAAAGACGGAUCGGUGCUGGUGGCACACGGAGGCACAGAGAUGGGACAGGGCCUGCACACCAAGAUGAUUCAGGUAGCCAGCCGCUGCCUGGGUAUCCCGAUUUCUGAUAUUCAUAUCAGCGAGACGAGCACAAACACCGUUCCCAACACAUCCCCUACGGCAGCCUCUGUCAGCUCGGAUCUCAAUGGGAUGGCUGUGAAGAUUGCCUGCUCAACCCUCCUCGAGCGCUUGGCCGUAUUCAAAGAAGAGAACCCUUCAGGCUCCUGGCGCGACUGGGUGAAUAAGGCUUACAUGAACCGCAUAAGCCUGUCCACAACUGGUUUCUACAGGACUCCAGACAUUUAUUAUGACUGGGAGAAGAACGAAGGCAAGCCAUUCAACUACUUCACAAUCGGCGUGGCCUGCUCGGAGGUGGAAGUGGACUGCCUCACCGGAGCCUCCCAGACUCUCCGCACCGACAUCGUCAUGGAUGUUGGCAACAGCUUGAAUCCAGCCAUCGAUGUCGGCCAGAUCGAGGGCGGCUUCAUGCAGGGCCUGGGCCUCUUUGUGCUGGAGGAGCUGCGCUACUCUCCUGAGGGGUCGCUGCUCACACGGGGGCCCGGCUCCUACAAGAUCCCUGCCUUCGGGGACGCCCCCGAGCACUUGCACGUGUCGCUCCUGCGGAGUGCGCCCAACAAACGCGCCGUGUACUCGUCCAAGGCCGUGGGCGAGCCGCCCCUGUUCCUCGCCGCCUCCGUGUUCUACGCCAUCAAGGACGCGGUCCGCGCGGCCCGAGCUGACGCAGGCCUGGCGGGGCCCUUCUGCCUGGACAGCCCGGCCAGCCCCGAGCGUGUUCGGAUGGCCUGCCCCGACCGCUUCACCAAAAUGGUUCCUCAGGAGGAAGAAGCUGGCGCUGUGCCCUGGGCCGUGCGAGCCUGACAAGCGGCAGGCGGCACCCUUGCUCGCCUGCUUGGGGAAGCACGGGCGGCAAUGCCGGCUUGUGUUUAGAACAGCGACGUCGAUACCAACACGCUUUCCAAUCCGCAGCUGUUCUUUGGUGUGCAGGAUAAUUUCGUAACUUUAACACUAUCAAAAGCCAUUUUCACGGCAGGGUGAUGUAGUGGUAAUGCUCAUGAUUCGCAGCAAGAAGAGCCUGGGUUCAAUUCCUUAUUCGGGCACCUUUCUGUGUGGAGUUUGUACAUUCUCUUCAUGUCCUGCAUGGGUUUCCGGUUUCCUUCCAUCGCGAAAAAUCCAUAGCGUAAUUAUUGUUGACCAAACAUCCAAUUGGGAUUACACAGAGCAAUAUCGCCCCCUACUACAAAACCUGAAAGUCGUGAGACUAAGUGAGGCUUUUCUGGGUAAAUACACAUAAUAACAAUUACCGUCAUAGGUUUUAAUUUUUCAAAGUGUCCUGCGUAUGGAUUUUUGUGUUUUUGCAAUAGACAAAAAUUCAAAUGUGGGUUUUUAAAUAUUUGGAAAAUUCUGAAAAUGAUUUACCGUAAUUUUUAUUUUACCUCAUAUUAUGGAAGUGUAGUAACAUUGUUUGGCAACAUCUUCCAGACAUUGUCGAUGUAUUGAUAUGCAUGCAGCUGGUCUGAUAGCCGUGUUUGGAAAUGUUGACAAGUAUUGGAUUGUUUCAAUGAUGUGAUCACUCUUUUAAAGUGUAAAAAACCAUUCCUAAAACCAUUUCAGCCAACAACCAUUUUAAUUACGUGCCAAAAUCUGAAUUCUAGAAAAAUGUACAAUUACAAAGGUAUGAGACUUGCUUGUCAGUGAAUGUUUAUU